AUGCCGAGUAAUAGGGUUUGUCUUCUAGAAGAAUAUAGAUUAAUUGAAAAAAGUGAGCAUGAAGUAAAUGGCAUUUGGAAAGGCGCCCACAUCUUAUUAUUCUUUCUGGCGUUCGUGUUUGGCUGCUUCUGUACUUUCUGCUUCCAUAUGCUCAUGUACAUGUUCGACGAGAAAUGUGUGCUUUUUCCUAAGCUCCAAAGCUUAACUUCGCUGCGACACAACGUCAUAUACGAAUUCAUACCUAUUGAUAAGGAUUCAGCCGAUAUGCCUGUGGAUUUUCUCAGCACACAGUGGCUGGAGAAGAGCGCAUGUUACCUUCCAACCUAUGUGCCCCUGGUCUCAGCAAUCUUCGGCCUGGUAUGGACCACAAUGUUCCUCAUGUGUUCGACGGGCAGCCGGACUUUAUCUGGUUUACAGCGGCCAUGGCGCAUUUUGCCACCGGUGUUUAUAUUUUCAUUAGCGAUGGGUGGAGUAUGCAUCUACUCGUCAUCGAUGACUCACAAUGGACUGGAAGAACUCUGUCUGAAGCUCAGCGAGAUCACUGGCAGCCCUACUUGCACCUACACGGUAAACGUAGCUACCUUAGUAUACGAGCGAAGAAUCAGGGGUGUCUACCAAGCGACGAGGCUGACCAUACUGACUGCGUGGCUUCACACCUUCUGUUGGCUAAUGUCGGCUGUGCUGGCUCUGGCGAGGAUCAUUAUGGUCGUUGACUUCCAACUCGUGCGCAUUAAUGUCGACCUCAUUGGAGACACCGAUAAAAUGCUGGAAAAAAAGGAAACACAUGUCCGAACUGUAUCGCCAGAUCGAUGGUUAUAUACUUCUAAUGCGUCAUUAACUUCAGUAGUAUCUACAGGUGUCAAUAAAGUUCAGUUUAAGAGUAAACUUGCGGAAUCUGAAAAUAAGGAUAAAGAUCCGGAUAAUACUACUAACAUGAUGUGUAUGUUGUACUAUGACGACAAACCACCAGUAACUAGGUCUACUUCAAACCUUUCAUUAGUUCCAGAAGAAAGAAUUAAAUUGGCUAAGAAACGAAUUUUUGUAUCAAUAAAAAAAGAGCACUAUUUCAUUGCGCAAAUGGUAUUUGAUCUAGUUAAUAAUCUAAAACUGCCGGAGUCACCUGUUAUGAGUAUAGAACCUGGGUCCCCACCGAGCCUCGUGCUAGAAGUAGUACGCCAGUUUGGUCACUCAAGAAUUACGUCUCUAACUAAUUCGCGACUAUCAGACGACAACGCAGAAGAGCAAAAGAAAAUAAUUGAAAGACUUUGGCCACGAGAAAAAACUAAUCUUUUUGAAUCUAGAUCAGAAUUUUCUGUAGCUUCUUCAUCAAGAGGAAAGCCCGAACCCCACAGAGAUUCAAUUAAAAAAGGUAUAGUAAAAUCUACCCAAGUGAGUAACAAGAAAGAUAAAGAAUGGAAAGGAGAAGAUAAAUCUAAAUCUAGUAUGAAACACGUGUCUAUUCAAACAGAUAAGAAGCGUAAAAGAAGGCCCAAAGAGAAGGCACAAAAUGUUAAAGAUAAUACUUCUGAUACAUCUUUAGGCAGUAAUGAAGCCAAAGCAAGUAAGGAAUCACAGACAGAUAAAAAAGAAAAACAAGACUGAGCUUCCUUUUUUGAAACUUAAGAUAUAGGAUAAUAAGAUUUGAUAUUU